AUGAAGGGGAUUAUGCGUUUCGGAAAAAGGGAAAAGUUAAGCCCAAGAUUUAUAGGUCCUUUUGAGAUACUGGACAGAGUUGGUCAGGUAGCUUACCGUUUGGCCCUACCGCUAACAUUAGCAGAAACGCAUAAUGUUUUCCACAUUUCCAUGUUACGUAAGUAUGUACCUGAUUUAAUACACGUGCUUAAGUACAAGAACUUGAACUUGCAGCAGGACAUGAGCUUUACGGCACGCCCUGUGCGCGUGAUAGAAAAAGGAAUAAAGGUCUUACGAAAUAAGACUAUACCCUUAGUCAAAAUCCUGUGGAGUGAUAGUUCUGAUAGAGAAGCGACAUGGGAGUUGGAGAAGGACAUUCAGAGUCAGUACCCCGAGUUAUUCUCUAGUAAGUAA